GAACAUAGCUCACGUCUUUCAAUAGUUUAAGUUGUUUAUAUGGAGGUGAUGUUGUUUGCUCACCACUAUACCACCCAAAAUUCCUACUGUCAGUUUUUGAGGGAAUGCUAUCCUCUCCACGAAAUCGACGGUCGUCAAACUGAUGAUACCAAUUCAUGCUACUCGGAGCUGUAGCACCACGAUACCAACAGAUGACCUGGUUAAUAUCGGUGAUGAUAAUAUGUUCAGCUUG